UUUAUUGUGAAGGCGCACUGUCGCCUUCUUGCACAAUGACGUAUUUCCUCUUGUGCCAAGGUCCACUCUAGCUGGGAAACACCUCUCUGAAAGCGUCUCAACCUCGUUUCAACCGUUAAAUUAGUUUAAAAACCAUUAUUACUGACUCGUAAAUUAGCUUUUCAUACGUAUUGAAGUUUAUACAACAGUUGUGUGUACGUGUCACAUCGCGGGACCUUGUCGUUAGUCUCUUUUUCGGGACAUUUUCGUCGUUAAAUCUGCCCCCUCCAGAGCGUGCUAACGUUAGCUCAGCGGCUAGCCACCAUUCACUCGUCAAGGAAAGAAUCGAUUAAUCGCUAUCGUUGUAAUCAUGGAUCAAUCAGGAAUCACAGCAGUAACUCCGAAGAGCCCGUGGGGCUCGGUGGCCCCGGUGCCUCCGGCCUGCUCUCUGGCUGAUGUGAUGAGCGAACAGCUGGCCAAACAGCUGGAGGAGGAGAACAGCCACUUCCCUACCCUCACCGAUCCCGGAGCAGAUCUCUUGCUGUCAGACGAAGUCUCCGAGACGACCAGCGACCUGAUGCUCGCCCAGAUGCUCCAGAUGCAGUUUGACCGCGAGUUUGACGAUCAGCUCCGCCGGGAGGAGAAGAAGUUCAACGGAGACAGCAAAGUGUCCAUCUCCUUUGAGAACUACCGUAUGGUCCAUCCGUAUGAAGACAGCGACAGCUCCGAGGACGAGGUGGACUGGCAGGACACGAGACACGACCCCUACAGAGCUGAGAAGCCCCAGACUACGCCCAGGAGAGGCUUCACCGGGAAGGGCAAGAACAUCACCACCAAACACGACGAGGUGACCUGCGGACGCAAGAACACGGCGCGCAUGGACAACUUUGCUCCAGAGGUGCACGUGGGAGAUGGGUUGGGAAUGGACCUGAAGCUGUCCAACCAGGUGUUCAACUCCCUGAAGCAGCAUUGCUACAGCGAGCAGAGACGUAGCGCCCGGCUACACGACAAGAAGGAGCACUCCACCGCCGAACAAGCUGUGGACCCUCGCACUCGUCUGCUGAUGUACAAAAUGGUGAAUGCCGGCGUGCUGGAGAACAUUAACGGCUGCAUCAGCACCGGGAAAGAGUCUGUGGUCUUCCACGCUAACGGAGGGAGCCUGGAGGAGCAGCCUGUCCCGGACGAAGUGGUGCUGAAGGUCUUCAAGACGACGCUCAACGAGUUCAAGAACCGCGACCGCUACAUUAAAGACGACUAUCGCUUCAUCGAUCGCUUCAGCAAACUGAACCCUCGCAAAAUAAUCCGUCUGUGGGCCGAGAAGGAGAUGCACAACCUGAGCAGGAUGAAGAAGGCUGAGAUUCCCUGUCCGGAGGUGGUGCUGCUGAAGAAACACAUCCUGGUGAUGUCGUUCAUCGGCGAAGACCACGUCCCUGCUCCCAAACUCAAAGACGUCACGCUGAGCUCCGAGGACAUGAAGAGCGCCUUCUACCAGGCCCUACAUCUGAUGCAGCAGUUGUAUCAGGAGUGUAAUCUGGUUCAUGCUGAUCUCAGCGAAUACAACAUGCUGUGGCACAAAGGAAAGGUGUGGUUGAUUGACGUGAGUCAGUCCAUCGAGCCCACCCAUCCUCACGCCUUGGAGUUCCUCUUCAGAGACUGCAGGAACGUUUCCACGUUCUUCCAGAAGAGAGGAGUGAUGGAGGCUAUGAGUGCGUACGAGCUUUUCAACGCUGUGAGCGGACUGAAUAUCCCCAUUGGUGAAGAGGAUGAGGCCGAGUUUAUGGCUGAGAUUGUGGCGUUGGAGAAGAGGAACGAGGACCACGUGCAGCGCCGUGGAAAGAAAAGCUUCCCGGUAGCCUCCCGAGGCGGUGACCCUCCUUUAAUACCCGGCGCCGAUGACUAA